UUUUCUAUGGUCUAUGGUUUACGUUAUCAUGGUAUAACUGAGGUUGUCAAAUUAUAUCUAUCGUCAAAUGUUUGUCCAGCGAUCGAGGAGAAUAGUAAAUAAUACAGCGACAGAAUGCGGAAUCAAAAUACGAGGAGUGUAAAUAAAACAUAAUCUAAGCUAACAGUAAAUGUGGCAUUUAUUCAAUACUAACAAGAUUUGAACAACUGAAAUUUGGGGUCUAGGCAAGAUUUCGGAAUUACUGAGAUGCUGUGAUUAUAAUGACAAAAUACUAACCAUCAUGCAGCUUCUGAGACGACUAAGAGGCAAUAUACGGAAGGCCAUAGGUGGUUUUUUACUUAUCCUGGUUCUAUAUCUGGUACUGCAUCUUAUUAUUGGCAGUGCUGAUAUAAAACCUUUUGCACAAAUGGUAUCUUCUGAAAACAAAAUCAUAAAGGGUUCCAAUAAAAGGGUGUAUGAAUAUAAUAGGAAAAUGCCUUUAAUAUUUAUUGGUGGAGUGCCCAGAUCAGGUACCACACUAAUGCGAGCAAUGUUGGAUGCCCAUCCUGACGUCAGAUGUGGUCAGGAAACCCGGGUAAUCCCUAGGCUACUUCAACUUCGUUUCCACUGGCUAAAGUCAGAAAAAGAAUCAGUAAGACUGGAACAAGCUGGAAUAACAAAAGAUGUGUUAAAUGCAGCCAUUGCAGCUUUUACAUUAGAAAUUAUAGCAAAACAUGGUGAACCAGCACCAAGACUGUGCAACAAAGAUCCAUUAUUGAUUAAAAUGGGCACCUAUGUUGUUGAUCUCUUUCCCAAUGCCAAAUUUAUUUUUAUGGUAAGAGAUGGUAGAGCCACUGCACAUUCGAUCAUCUCUCGAAAGGUAACCAUAACAGGUUUCGAUUUGACAAGCUAUAAACAGUGUUUAAAGAAAUGGAAUAGCGCAGUGGAAGCAAUGAACAAUCAAUGUAAAGAGCUGGGUCUGAACAAAUGCCUAAGAGUGCCCUAUGAGCAACUAGUUUUGCAUCCCAAAGAGUGGAUGCAGAAGGUUUUAAAGUUUUUAGACAUUCCGUGGAAUGAGUCGGUCCUUCAUCAUGAGGAUUUUAUCAACAAUGGAAUCAGUCUUAGCAAAGUCGAACGAUCAUCGGAUCAAGUCAUAAAGCCUGUGAACUUGGAAGCGCUGGCCAAAUGGGUCGGUCAUAUCCCCGACGAUGUUGUCCGCGACAUGGCCGACAUAGCCCCGAUGCUUUCAGUUUUGGGCUACGACCCUUACGCCAAUCCACCUAAUUACGGUCGUCCCGACGAACAUGUCGCGGAAAAUACCAAAAAUAUUCAAAAAAACAAAUUCGUGUGGGAGAAAAAAGCCAAAGAAAUGUUCAGUGUCGCCUGGGACAAUAACGGCGGCGACACUUUGUUAGAUAGGGAGCCCAGUGACAACCCGAACAACACGUGAUAAAUGCAAUGAACUUUUGGAUUGGAUCAUCCAUUGAAGUGAUUUGAAUUUUCCUUGAAGUUGUUUUAAAAAAUCGUCGGCAGGGUCGAAAUGCGGCAAUUAAUUAGCUUUUCAUAUCUUUAAAAAUGAAAAUGUUGUAUAAUUUAAGCAGAUUUUAGAUAGAUAUAUUUAUUGUAAAAUUUUAA